AUGACUGGAGUCCCCGGCAAAGCCACGUGGCUGUACCUCGCAGUCCUGGUGGGCCUGUACUACCUCCUGCGCUGGUACCGGGAGAGGCAGGUGGUGAGCCACCUCCGAGACAAGUACGUCUUCAUCACGGGCUGUGACUCAGGCUUCGGAAACCUGCUGGCCAGGCAGCUGGACCUGCGAGGCUUGAGGGUGCUGGCCGCGUGUCUGACAGAGAAGGGGGCCGAGCAGCUGAGGGGCCGGACGUCAGACAGGUUGGAGACGGUGAUCCUGGAUGUCACCAAGACAGAGAGCAUCGCUGCAGCCACCCAGUGGGUGAAGGAGCGCACAGAGGACAGAGGUACCACUCAGAUUUCUCAAGUCUGUUUCUUUCCUCUCUCUGAAGGGAGACCCCUUCACUGCCACCUCGGGAAGAUUCCUGAUGUGUUUUCCAGGACUCGAAGUCAUACUAGCUGUCUUUACGUCACCCAGCUUACCAGCCUCUUCUCUCCUCUUUCCACUACCUGUACCUCCUGACUUCUGAGCUCUGGAGGUUUGGGGAUAGUUUGCUUGAUGAGAAUUUGCCCUUGCCGAAUUCCUGUCUGUGGCGUCGCCUCCUUUCUUGGCAGAAGUUCUGGCUUCCUUGAUGCUGAGUGCUCCGGGGUGAUCAGAGCCCACUUUCUGGAGGAGGAGUGGAGAUGGGGCCCAAAGGCUUGUUGUGUGGCUGGGGCAGGGUUGGAGCCGGGCUCCUGUUCUCAGCACUUUAACAUGUUCUUGCUGGGGGCCCAUAAUGUUCCCACCAGGGAGUCACUGUCACCCUUUUUCAGAUGACGACACUGAGCUUUCAGGAC